GAGCGGAGCCGCUGAGGGGAGCCGCUGGCCGGCAGCAUGGAGGACCCCGCGGCCCCCGGGACCCCCGGCCCGCCGGCCAACGGCAACGGCAACGGCGGCGGCAAAGGGAAGCAGGCGGCGGCCAAGGGCCGGGAAGCGUUCCGGAGCCAGCGGCGGGAGUCGGAGGGCUCUGUGGACUGCCCCACCCUGGAGUUUGAAUAUGCUGACGCAGAUGGGCACGCAGCGGAACUGUCAGAAUUGUAUAGCUACACCGAGAACCUGGAGUUUACCACUAACAGGAGGUGCUUUGAAGAGGAUUUCAAGACCCAAGUGCAAAACAAAGAAUGGCUGGAGUUGGAAGAAGAUGCCCAAAAGGCCUAUGUGAUGGGGCUCCUGGACCGGCUGGAGGUGGUUAGCAGAGAGCGGCGACUGAAGGUGGCCCGGGCUGUUCUCUACCUGGCCCAAGGGACUUUUGGGGAAUGUGACUCAGAGGUGGAUGUGCUGCACUGGUCCAGGUACAACUGCUUCCUGCUGUAUCAGAUGGGGACCUUCUCAGCCUUCCUGGAGCUGCUCCACGUGGAAAUCGACCACAGCCAGGCCUGCAGCAGUGCCCUGCGGAAGCCAGCCGUGUCCAUCGCUGACAGCACAGAGCUCCGGGUGCUGCUGAGUGUCAUGUACCUGAUGGUGGAAAACAUCCGCCUGGAGCGAGAGACCGACUCCUACAGCUGGAAGACAGCACGGGAGACCUUCCGCAGCGAGCUGAGCUACUCUGUGCAUAAUGAGGAACCCUUUGCCCUUCUGCUCUUCUCCAUGGUCACCAAGUUCUGCAGUGGCUUGGCCCCCCACUUCCCCAUCAAGAAGGUCCUGCUUCUGCUUUGGAAGGUGGUCAUGUUCACCCUCGGUGGAUUUGAGCAUCUUCAGUCGCUCAAAGUCCGGAAGCGGGCAGAACUGGGCUUGCCUCCGCUGCCUGAGGACAGUAUCCAGGUGGUGAAGAGCAUGCGCGCUGCCUCCCCGCCCUCUUACACUCUGGACCUGGGGGAGUCUCAGCUGGCGCCGCCCCCCUCCAAGCUGCGGGGACGCCGCGGUUCUCGAAGGCAACUCCUCACUAAGCAGGACAGCCUGGACAUCUACAAUGAAAGGGACCUUUUCAAGAAUGAAGAGCCAGCCGCAGAGGAGGAAGAGGAGCUUCCUGCGGAUGGAGAGCUGGACCUGCUGGAACAGGACCCGCUGGUCCCUCCUCCACCCUCGCAAGCACCUCUCUCUGCUGAUCGGGUGGCCUUUCCCAAGGGCCUUCCUUGGGCCCCCAAGGUCAGACAGAAGGACAUCGAGCAGUUCUUGGAGAUGAGCAGGAACAAGUUCAUUGGCUUCACGCUGGGGCAGGACACGGACACCUUGGUCGGAUUGCCUAGACCCAUCCAUGAGAGUGUGAAGACCCUUAAGCAGCACAAGUAUAUCUCCAUCGCGGAUGUGCAGAUCAAGAACGAGGAGGAGCUGGAGAAGUGUCCCAUGUCUCUGGGGGAAGAGGUGGUUCCGGAGACACCGUGUGAAAUCCUCUACCAGGGCAUGCUGUGUAGCCUUCCCCAGUACAUGAUCGCUCUGCUUAAGAUUCUGCUGGCUGCAGCGCCCACCUCCAAGGCUAAGACAGACUCCAUCAACAUCCUGGCAGACGUCCUGCCUGAAGAGAUGCCCAUCACUGUGGUUCAGAGCAUGAAGCUGGGCAUCGAUGUGAACAGGCACAAAGAGAUCAUCGUCAAGAGUAUCUCUGCCCUGCUCCUGCUCCUUCUCAAACACUUCAAACUCAACCACAUCUACCAGUUUGAAUAUGUAUCACAACAUUUGGUAUUUGCCAACUGUAUCCCUUUGAUCCUGAAGUUCUUCAAUCAAAACAUCUUGUCCUACAUCACUGCCAAGAACAGCAUCGCCGUGCUGGACUACCCUGGCUGUACCAUCCAGGAUUUGCCGGAGCUUACUGCUGAGAGCCUGGAGGCCGGGGACAACAGCCAGUUCUGCUGGAGGAACCUCUUCUCCGGCAUAAACCUGCUGCGGCUGCUCAACAAGCUGACCAAAUGGAAGCAUUCCCGGACCAUGAUGCUGGUGGUGUUUAAAUCAGCUCCAAUCUUGAAACGGGCCCUCAAGGUCAAACAGGCCAUGCUGCAACUUUAUGUCCUGAAGCUGCUGAAGAUACAGACCAAGUACCUGGGGCGCCAGUGGAGAAAGAGCAACAUGAAGACCAUGUCAGCCAUUUACCAGAAAGUGCGCCACCGCAUGAACGACGACUGGGCUUACGGGAAUGACAUCGAUGCCAGGCCGUGGGACUUCCAGGCGGAGGAAUGCACGCUGAGGGCCAACAUUGAGGCUUUCAACAGCCGCCGCUACGACAGACCCCGGGACUCGGAGUUCUCACCCGUGGAUAACUGCCUGCAGAGCGUGCUGGGACAGAGGCUGGAUCUGCCUGAAGAUUUCCACUAUUCGUAUGAGCUCUGGCUGGAGAGAGAGGUGUUUUCCCAGCCCAUCUGCUGGGAAGAGCUGCUCCAGAACCAGUGAGCUUUCCCAUCAGCCGUCUGGCAGAUGGAGGUCGGCUCAGAUCAACGGUGGUCCAGCAAGCCUGCCCACUCAGCCUUGGCCUCCUGCUUGGAGACUGCUUAUUCAAGGGGAGUUCUGGGCCAGCCCUGGGACAUAGAGGAUAGCUCAGAACUAGACUCUGGCACCUUGUGGACCUAGAGAUGGCAUGAGGUUGGCAUCUAAGUCAAAGCAAGUCCAUCUCCUUGGCCAGCGGUCAGCCGGCUGCCUGGUUGACCUUGGGCGGAUCCUGGCCAGGCUCACUGGAGGGCCCCCUGCCUGUCACGGUCUCACCUCGACCCAGGCCAGCCUUCACUGGCUCUAAGGGUGCGAAGCUGGCAUCCGUCACAGGAAGGGGGCAGAGGGCCAGGUGACAUCACAGGCAGAACCCUGGGUUCCUAGGAACCAUCCAGAGUUUGGUAAAACCAACUUUGAAAUGAAGUGUGCAUUUUACAUUUUAAAUGUCAGAGCGCCUGCGCCUUCGUGGCGGGUUUGAGGACUUCUGUUUCCCAGCACUGCAUGUUACCCCAAGUAUUGCCUAGAAUGUUUCCCCCGUGUUCCUAUGAAGUUACUUCCUUGUGUUCCUUGUCCAGGAAACGGAGAACACUGCCACAUUGAGAGGCCCGGCCAGUGCGAACUCAGCAGGCCUCGCCUAAGGCCGUUUCUUGGUUUUCUGAAAUGACUGCAGUCUGAAAAUGGCCACGCACUCUGCAGAAAAUUAUUUUCACCUGAGUCCUUGUUUGAAAUGACAACUUAACUACAGGGGGUUUAUUUAUUGAGAUGGCAUGGCCAUUUGUGCUCAUGAUUGAUUUAUUUUUUAAUUGAAAAACAGCAAGAGCAUCACAGCUUGCUCUUUCUUCUCCGAUGUUGAACGCCCCCCCCCCCGGGUUUUUGCUGCCAGCAUCCUGUGGGUCACGGGGCCAUCUAGCAGUUCUGCUUCUCCCCGAAAGCGGUGCACAUUCCAGCGAGAAUGGAAGGCUUCAUGUAUCAGCCUCUUUGUACUCCCCCCAGGAAGUAGGCUUUUAGAAAAGUUUGUGAAUCAGUCAGGCUCGUUUUGUCUUACAUCCCACAACCAUCACGUCCAUCUCCAAGCUUUUUGACUUUCAAUGCUCCCCUCCCAGGGCAGAUACCAUUGAAUCCUUUCCCAGUAAGUCCAGCGGCUUAUCCUCCUGCCCUUUGUCAUCUCAUCAGGAGGCUGUGACACAAGGAAUUAUAGGAAAAUGGAAUGAUUAAAUGUUGGAGUAUUAGUGG